CACUAAAAACGAGGACUCCCUCAUCCCAGCAGGAAAAAAAAAAAAAAAAAAGCACUGAAAGAAGGCGUGUGCCGUGCAGGAAGAUGAUCAUGGAGCACAUCUAAUUCCUACUCAAACACACCAACCGAGACGAGGCUGUGGACUUUUUUUGUGUGAUUUUCCUAACGCCGAUCUUGCCUGAUUUGAGGGAUUUGGUCGGAGCUCCAAGAUGUCUCGGGGUGUGAUGCAGCCCAGUCAGCAGAAGCUGGCGGAGAAACUCACCAUCCUCAACGACCGAGGCAUCGGCAUGUUGACCCGCGUUUACAAUAUCAAGAAGCAAGGACAAGUUUGGAAGGCAUGUGGCGACCCCAAGGCCAAGCCCUCCUAUCUGGUCGACAAAAACCUGGAGUCUGCGGUCAAGUUCAUCGUCCGGAAGUUCCCCGCUGUGGAGACACGCAACAACAACCAACAGCUGUCUCAGCUGCAAAAAGAGAAGUCCGAGAUUCUGAAGAACCUGGCUCUCUACUACUUCACCUUCGUCGACGUGAUGGAGUUCAAGGACCACGUGUGCGAGCUGCUCAACACCAUCGACGCCUGCCAAGUUUUCUUCGACAUCACGGUGAACUUUGACCUGACCAAGAACUACCUGGACCUGGCGGUGACCUACACUACACUCAUGAUAAUCCUGUCACGCAUAGAGGAGAGGAAAGCCAUCAUCGGACUGUACAACUACGCGCACGAGAUGACGCACGGGGCCAGUGACCGGGAGUAUCCCAGGCUGGGCCAGAUGAUUGUGGAUUAUGAAAACCCUCUGAAGAAGAUGAUGGAGGAGUUUGUCCCCCAUGGGAAGUCCCUGUCAGACGCUCUCAUCAGUCUUCAGAUGGUUUAUCCCAGAAGGAAUCUGUCGGCCGACCAGUGGAGGAAUGCUCAGCUGCUCUCGCUCAUCUCCGCUCCCUCCACCAUGCUGAACCCUGCGCAGUCAGACACAAUGCCCUGCGAAUAUUUAUCUCUGGAUGCAAUGGAAAAAUGGAUUGUUUUCGGCUUCAUCCUUUGUCACGCCGUGCUGAACAGCGAUGCGGCGGCGUUGUCCUUGUGGAAGCUGGCGCUGCAAAGCUCCACCUGCCUGUGUCUGUUCAGGGAUGAAGUCUUCCACAUCCACAAGGCUGCUGAGGAUCUCUUUGUCAACAUCCGAGGGUACAACAAGCGCAUCAAUGACAUCAGAGAAUGCAAGGAGCAGGCUCUGUCUCAUUCAGGCUCCAUGCACCGAGAGAGGCGCAAAUUCCUCAGGUCCGCUCUCAAGGAGCUGGCCACCGUCUUAGCGGACCAGCCAGGGCUGUUGGGCCCAAAGGCAUUGUUUGUGUUCAUGGCAUUGUCGUUUGCCCGCGACGAGAUCAUCUGGUUGCUUCGACAUGCGGACAACAUCCAGAAGAAAAGCACAGAUGACUUCAUUGACAAACACCUUGCAGAGUUGAUCUUCUACAUGGAGGAGCUGCGAGCUCAUGUCAGGAAGUACGGCCCAGUCAUGCAGCGAUACUACGUGCAGUACCUGUCGGGGUUCGAUGCCGUUGUUCUCAACGAGCUGGUGCAGAACCUGUCUGUGUGUCCAGAGGAUGAGUCCAUCAUCAUGUCUUCGUUCGUCAACACUAUGACCUCCCUCAGUGUCAAACAAGUGGAGGAUGGCGAGGUGUUUGACUUCAGGGGCAUGAGGCUCGACUGGUUCAGACUGCAGGCCUACACCAGCGUGUCCAAAGCUAGCCUGGGUAUCGCCGACCACAAGGAGCUCGGCAAAAUGAUGAACACCAUCAUCUUCCACACCAAGAUGGUGGACUCGCUUGUGGAGAUGCUGGUGGAGACGUCAGACCUGUCCAUAUUCUGCUUCUACAGUCGUGCUUUUGAAAAGAUGUUCCAGCAGUGCUUAGAGCUUCCCUCGCAGAGCCGUCACUCCAUCUGCUUCCCCUUGCUUUGCACACACUUCAUGUCCUGCACGCACGAGCUGUGUCCCGAAGAGCGUCAUCACAUAGGAGACCGCAGCUUGUCGUUGUGUAACAUGUUUUUGGAUGAGAUGGCCAAACAAGCCCGAAAUCUGAUCACUGAUAUCUGCACUGAACAAUGUACCCUCAGUGACCAGCUGCUUCCCAAACAUUGUGCCAAAACCAUCAGCCAGGCCGUGAACAAGAAGAGCAAGAAGGCGACUGGGAAGAAGGGUGAACCGGAGAGAGAGAAACCAGGAGUGGAGAGCAUGAGGAAGAACAGACUACUGGUCACCAAUUUGGACAAACUCCACACUGCACUAUCAGAACUCUGCUUCUCCAUCAACUACGUUCCCAACUUGGCAGUGUGGGAGCACACGUUCACACCAAGAGAGUACCUGACCUCCCACCUGGAGAUCCGAUUUACCAAGUCCAUCGUGGGCAUGACCAUGUACAACCAGGCCACUCAAGAGAUCGCUAAGCCCAGCGAGCUGCUGACCAGUGUGCGGGCCUACAUGACCGUACUGCAGUCCAUCGAGAAUUACGUCACCAUUGACAUCACCAGGGUUUUCAACAACGUCCUACUGCAGCAGACACAGCACCUGGACAGCCACGGCGAGCCCACAAUCACCAGCCUGUACACCAACUGGUACUUGGAGACGUUGCUCCGUCAGGUCAGCAACGGACACAUUGCUUACUUCCCUGCCAUGAAGGCCUUUGUGAACCUGCCCACAGAGAAUGAGCUCACCUUCAAUGCUGAGGAAUACUCUGACAUCUCUGAGAUGCGCUCCUUGUCGGAGCUUCUGGGUCCGUAUGGCAUGAAGUUCCUCAGUGAGAGUCUCAUGUGGCACAUUUCGUCACAGGUGGCAGAGCUGAAGAAACUGGUGGUGGAGAACAUGGAAGUUCUGACGCAGAUGAGAACCAGCUUUGACAAACCAGACCACAUGGCGGCGCUGUUCAAGAAACUCACCUCUGUGGACAGUGUCCUCAAGAGGAUGACCAUCAUCGGAGUCAUCCUCUCAUUUCGCUCCCUGGCUCAGGAGGCGCUGAGAGAUGUCUUAUCUUGUCACAUUCCUUUCCUGGUCAGUUCGGUGGAAGAUUUCAAGGAUCACAUUCCCAGAGAGACAGACAUGAAGGUGGCCAUGAAUGUCUACGAGCUCUCCUCAGCUGCGGGCUUACCCUGUGAGAUUGACCCCGCCCUGGUGGUGGCGCUGUCCUCACAAAAGAGCGAGAACAUCAGUCCAGAGGAGGAGUACAAGAUUGCUUGUCUGCUGAUGGUCUUUGUGGCCGUUUCCUUGCCAACGCUGGCCUGUAACGUGAUGUCGCAGUACAGCCCCGCCAUCGAAGGCCACUGUAACAACAUCCACUGUCUGGCCAAAGCCAUCAACCAGAUCGCUGCUGCUCUCUUCACCAUCCACAAGGGAAGCAUUGAGGACCGCCUGAAAGAGUUCCUGGCUCUGGCCUCCUCCAGCCUCUUGAAGAUCGGCCAGGAGACGGACAAGAUGACCACUCGUAACCGAGAAUCUGUCUACCUGCUGCUCGACAUGAUCGUGCAGGAGUCUCCUUUCCUCACCAUGGACCUGCUGGAGUCCUGCUUCCCUUACGUCCUCCUGCGUAACGCCUAUCAUGCUGUCUACAAGCAGAGCAUCAGCGCCAACGCCUGAACACACACACACACACACACACACACACACACACACACACACACACACACACACACACUUUAAGU